GGUAUUCAAAUCAUUUCUUGCAGAAAACCCAUUUCACCAAAUCUCAUUAAACAAAAAAUUAUAACAGAAAAAAAAAAUAGUAAUUCUUUACAGAUAUGUUACAUUUCCUUCACUCUUUUCUUUCCCUAUAAUUACUAUUUUCACCUGUAACUUUUUCCCCAUCACAGCCUAUACUCUUAACUCCUAAUUCUCAUGCAUUUGCUCCAAACUCAAACAAAAUGCCACUCUUUUUCUCGUCCAACUUAUUCAACACGAAACAAAGUUGCAGAAAUAGCCACAAAUUCAACAAUCUAGCCGUAUGCAUAAUACUUUCCUCAUUAUUCCUCUUUGGGUUCUUCAUUUACAGUGAAGAUAUCAAGUCCAUUGCACAAUUCCAAGUCUCAAAGCCUAAAUUUCAACAAAAUCUUGAAGAUUCUUCAAAUAAAUCAAAUGGGGUUCAAGAAAAUUCCAAGAUUCUUGGAAAACAUAGCAAAAAUACCUCUUUUUUGACAAAUUCAAGAACUGAAAAUUAUGUGAAGAUUGAAAUGCCCAUUCAAGAAGAGAAGAAAAUUGAAUUGCCACCAGAAAGUUGUGAUCUUUUUACAGGGCAAUGGAUAUAUGAUAAUGUUACUCAUCCAAUUUAUAAAGAAAAUGAAUGCAAGUUUCUAACAGAACAAGUUACUUGUUUGAAGAAUGGAAGAAAAGAUUCUUUGUAUCAGAAUUGGAGGUGGCAGCCUAGAGACUGUUCUUUACCUAAGUUUAGACCAAGAUUGUUACUUGAAAAGCUGAGGAAUAAGAGGUUAAUGUUUGUGGGAGAUUCGUUGAAUAGGAACCAAUGGGAAUCUAUGAUUUGUUUGCUUCAAUCUGGGGUUCCAUUCAGCUCGAAAAAAUAUAAAAAGAUUGGCCAGUUAUCAGUUUUCAUGAUUGAGGACUACAAUGCCACGGUAGAAUUUUACUGGGCCCCAUAUCUUGUGGAGUCAAACACAGAUGAUCCAGCAUUGCAUAGCAUUUUGACCAGAAUCAUCAUGCCUGAAUCAAUUGAAAAACAUGGGAAUAACUGGAAGAAUGUAGACUAUCUCAUCUUCAAUACUUACAUUUGGUGGAUGAAUCCAGGUGGCACCAUGAAUUUUCUACGAGGAUCAUUUGAUGAAGGAUCGACAGAAUAUGAUGAAACAGAGAAGACAAUAGCUUAUAGAAAGGUAUUGACAACAUGGUCCCAAUGGGUGGAAAACAAUGUGGAUCCCAAUCGGACACAAGUCUUCUUCAUGAGCAUGUCACCAAUGCAUAUCAAGAGUGCGGAUUGGAACAAUCCGAAUGGGAUAAAAUGUGCAAAGGAAACAACACCAGUACUGAACAUGUCAAUGCCACUAAAUGUUGGGACAGAUAAGAAGCUAUUUGCUAUAGCAUCAAAUGUGACUCAAUCAAUGAAAAUUCCUGUAUAUUUCAUGAAUAUCACAAGUCUAUCAGAGUAUAGAAAAGAUGCACACACUUCCAUCUACACAAUUCGACAAGGAAAAAUGCUCACAUCACAACAGCAAACUGAUCCAGCUAUGUAUGCUGAUUGUCUUCAUUGGUGCCUCCCGGGAUUGCCAGACACGUGGAACGAAUUUUUGUAUACUCGUAUACUGUCCCGUUCUUGAUAUUCGAGAGAAUAGUGAGAAUUGAACCCGCACUUAUUGUGUGUGAAACUCCUCCAAAAUGUCGCUGGAAUGAGUUUCCAUGGACUCGUAUAUUGUCCAGUUCGUGACAGUAUGUAAUCGGAGAAUAGUCGUGGUUUUAUACUUGGUAGUAAUUGGUUUAGAGUUGGGGAUUAAGUUCUUGUGCUCCUUUGGGCCAUUUCCUUUAGCCCACUAGACUAUUGGAGAGUCUACAAAUUGCAGAAAAUACCUAGGAUGACCAAAUUGUAUAAUGAAUUUCUCUUUUUCUUUUCAAAGGAAAUAAAUGAUGGAUGCAAAUUGUAAGUAUAUAUGUAGCUGAGCCAGAAACU